AUGGAAGCACUACAGAGAUUACUUAUUAAGAUGUACAUGACAAUGAAUCCUGGAAAAACUCCUAAUGCUGAAGGUAUAAAAGCAAUUGAAAACCUGGCAGAAAACGCGUCACAUUCUAAUUUGACAUCUGUGAAUAACAACUCAUCUUGUCAAACAUUUUACAAGCACUACCAGACUUUCUUAUUUGAAGUUAGGGAUGAGAUAUUGGGUAAAAGAGCACAAUUUUGGGUAAGAUACAUGGACAAAGUGUUACUGAUUCUGAGGUUUCAGCGAGCGACUAAAGGAAACAACUUUGACUUACACUUAGCAUGUUUGAAAGAUAUGUGA